CUCCCUAUGCUUACGCACGGUACCCUCCUCGCCGGACACCGCAUUUCGCUGUCGGCGAUAACGGCCUAGUCAGUUCAAACGGAAAGCAUUCUGAGCGUUGGGGCUUGCUCACCUGGGGACUGGCGUCGCACGGGCCACCGCCCCUGCGUAAUCUACAUUCCUCGCCCAACUCCGCUCUCCGUAAAGACAAGCUGGGGUCUCUGCAUCUGUACUGUGGUGUGGAAUUUGAGCUUCGAGUGAGUGCGUCUGGCGAAUUGAGCAGCCAUGGAUGAAGGAGUGGCGUGUGUCAAGUACAUUCUCAUCACUUGCAAUUUACUCGUCUGGAUCCUAGGACUGGGUGUUCUAGCUGUGGGAAUCUGGAUCCGGUCCGACCCAGACUUCUGGGUGUACCAGGACAAUCUCCCGCUGUCGAACUAUUACAAUGCCUGUUACGUGGUCAUGGCCGUGGGCGUCCUGCUGCUUGUCCUUGGCUUCAUGGGUUGCUGCGCCGCUGCCAUCGACAGCCCCUGCAUGCUUCUUACGUACUUCAUCGCCAUGUUCGUGCUUCUGAUCAUGGAGUGCGCCGUCGCUGGAUUGGUCUGGAAGGUAGCCGAUGGAGACCAGCUGCAGCGCCACCUCGCAGUGAGCAUAGAAGAAAAACUAGAUACAGUCGUUGAUGAUCCAAAGGCCAGACGAUUCAUGGAUCUCAUGCAAGUUCAUCUUGAAUGUUGCGGCGCGAUUUCGAAGCACGACUAUGAGGUCCGAGACAUGACUAUACCGCAGUCCUGCAGCAGUUCCCGAACCAACAACAUUUUCAUAUACGGGUGCAGUGAGAACUUACGUGUCCUUCUUGAGAGGACUGGAGCCGUUGUUGGCGGAUUGGGCCUCGCGCUUGGAUUUGUGCAGAUCAUCGUCAUGAUCAUCUCCAUCUGCCUGUUUUGCACGAUUCGCCAGGAUUCGAAGUAGCCCGUUGGCGUGACAUGCCUGUGUGUCUUGAUCGUUCAUUUUUUUCAAGUCGCAGGGAACGCAUCAAAGAAGCAAUCAGAACAUCGACCAUUAAAAAAAUACAGCUGGCUGGGUAAUGUCGCUAGAGAAGGAACAGCGAAUAUCCUGCGAUCUACGAAGCAUUUUUUCCUGACAACGGAAAUUCCCUUUGCGACCAUCAACAGAACAUGGAUUUAUCGCAAACACUUUAUGCCACAUAUGCAGGCCCCGAAAUAGUCAUAAACUUCAUCAAGUAUCUAAGUGUUUUUCUUUGUACGCUCCGAAAAGAUUUUGUUACUUUCUCACAGAAGUCCACACUAUAUAGCAUAUGGAAGCACUGUUUUUCGCAGGUAAAGUUAUUCGCUUGCAUUUCGCAUGUACGUGUUCAUUCGUAGAGCUUUACAUAUUCACGGGGGCUUCUCAUUAUUGUAAAACAUUUUAUUUCAUUCACAAAUUCAUUGAAUGCAUUGAGCCAUGUGUACAUUGAAUAAAAUCGUUUUUUU